CUUCAUCCUCUUCCUGCCGUAAUUGAUAUCCCCCUCCUUCACAAUCACAUAGCCUAUCAAUCAUCGUCCAAACUCUUCUCUGUCAAUCAUACCGUGCAACGUUGUGAAUAACAUACAAGUCCACUUGCCACUUGAUACUCUUCAGAUACAAAUUAGAAGAUCACCAACAUGCCUAACAUUCAUACCUUACCACCACCAUCCACUUCAGGUCCAUCGCUCAAAGAACAAAUAGAACAAGGAUUAACAAAAACUGAAAAACUGAUUCCUGGUGAAAAGGAAGAAGAUGAGAAAUGGUCGUAUAAGAAGACUAUACCGACUUUGGUUUUAUAUGAUGAACAAGGGUUGAGACUUUAUGACAAGAUCACUUCCCACGCACCGGAAUAUUAUCUUUUCGAAGAUGAACUUUCGCUCCUCAAAGAUCACGGUGAUGAGAUCGCUCGAGCCAUGGGAUUCCCGGGGAAAAGUGAUGAAGAAGAAGAAAGACGUUAUCGUGAGAAUGAAAGAGCUCCGGAGAAGAGAUGGAGACCUGCUAGAUGGGGUGAUACGGAGGUCGGAAAGUGGAACAACGGGGUGAAUGGGGAAGAAGGUUUAGGUGGUGGAUGGCAAAAAGGAUGGGAUGUUGUUGAAUUAGGCGCUGGGGCUUUGCGAAAAACGGCACAUCUUCUAACUGCUCUAUCGUCCGCCCUUCCUAAUCCACCCGCCAAUGCGGCAUCCCUACCCCCACCGAUCACUUACCACCCUCUCGAUCUCUCCCGACCCGAACUCAACCGGGUCCUGGAGGAAAUGCAAACCGUCUUCGGACCUCAACUCGAGGGUAAAGUCGCCUGUAUUGGUCUUCAUGGAGACUACGACGCUGGACUCGACUUGAUCCGUUUAAUAACUUCACCAAUGGCUUCGGCGAUCACGGAUGAUACUUCUGACUCCAUCUCCCGAACAUGGUCGCCGAUCGAGGAUGAUACACCUUCUAUCGGUUCGGCGCGGCUCCCGUCCGUCGAUACGUCUCCCAUAUGUGCUCGCCCACUUCACCUCGUGUUCCUCGGCUCAUCACUCGGUAAUUUCUCUCGUGAAGCCGCAGGACCAUUUCUCGCCUCACUGCCUUUGCGCCAAGGAGAUACUCUCCUUCUAGGUCUAGACGGUCGACCGGCUCCCGGAAAGGAAGGUAGAACAAAAGUGGAAGUAGCAUACAAUGAUCCUGCUGGUUUCACUAAAGCUUUCGAAGAACAUGGUUGGGAUGUGGUACGUCAGGAACUAGGUCUGAUCGAUGAUGCAGGGGUUGAGUUUGUGGGGAGAUACAACGAGGUUCUAGGUCGACAUGAGGCCUACUUCAAGUCAAAGGAUAAACAAAUCCUUCAUCUUCCUCUAAGUGACAGCGACGUCAUACUUGACAAAGGUGAAUUGCUCAACAUUGAAUGGAGCUACAAGUAUUCACACCUUGAAGCUUUACAACUGUUCUCUCAAUCAAACUUACGAGUCAUCAACUCUUGGAAAGCUCCAGAAUCUGAAUAUCGUCUCUGGCUACUCGAACGACCUAACGUACAUUUCAACCUCGACAUGAUCUCGAAACCUGAUCCGAAUGCCGUCGCAGUGGGGAAAGGUGUACCGUCUUGGGAAGACUGGAAUUCUCUAUGGAAACUAUGGGAUCACAUCACGUUGGACAUGAUCCCUAGUGAUAUGCUUCACACCAAGCCCAUCGAUUUGAGACAUAUUUGUCUUUUCUACCUCGGACACAUCCCCACCUUCCUCGAUAUUCACCUGACGAGGAUGACUAAUGGGGUACACACGGAGCCCGAACACUUCAAGUACAUUUUCGAACGUGGGAUAGAUCCUGAUGUGGAGGAUCCCACUAAGGUUCAUGCCCACUCCGAAGUACCCACAGCACAAGAAGAAUGGCCCUCUCUCGAUGAGAUCCUUGCUUUCAGAGAUCGGGUCCGCGCUCGUGUACACGAAAUCUAUACUCAGCUCGCAUCCGGUCAAAUGGAGUACUCCCGUCAUAUCGGUCGUGUACUGUUCAUGACUUUUGAACACGAAGCAAUGCACGCCGAGACCCUUCUUUACAUGCUUAUUCAAUCGCCUCGAACUCGUCCUCCGACCGCAGUCGCCUUACCUCAAUUCUCCGUUCUAGCUCGUCGCUGGACAGCAGAGGCGACUCCCAAUAAAGUCGUCACCCUCUCCGGUGGUCUACUACAAUAUGGACAUGACGAUUACGAAGCUGAUGAUGUUAAAUAUCCCACGAGGGAGGGAUGGGAGCAACAUGAGUUUGGAUGGGAUAACGAACAUCCUGCCGUCUCCAACCAUGUGAAGGGUUUCAAGAUCGAUUCUUUACCCAUCAACAAUUCUGAUUAUCGAACUUUCUUGGAGAAGAAACAUCCUGGUGGUAUACCAGAUGAUGCGGCACCGGUCUCUUGGGUCGAAGUCGAUGGACAAUGGAACGUUCGGACUCUGUAUGGACCUGUGGAUUUCGACGUGGCGGGAUUAUGGCCUGUCAUGGGAAGUCAGAAGGAAUUGAAAGAAUUCGCAGAGGCGAAAGGAGGAAGGUUGCCUAGUGAAGUGGAAUUGAGGUGGUUUUUGCAAAGUGAACAAGGGCCUAGGAUCGCGGGAGAAGGAGCUAAUGUGGGGUUCAAGAAUUGGCAUCCUAUCCCUCCCACCAAUACGGUGAAAGACUCAUCCGGUAGGAUCUUACAUGGUCAUAAUGGUGGUGUGUGGGAAUGGACCUCGACCGAGUUUGUAGGACACGAAGGGUUUAUUCCUUCUGUCAUUUACCCAGGUUAUUCUGCCGACUUUUUCGAUGGAAAGCAUUUCGUGGUGCUCGGUGCAUCAUACACUACCAUCCCACAAAUCGCCUCGCGCAAAUCUUUCACCAAUUGGUAUCAAGCAAUCUAUCGUUAUUCCUUCGUCGGCGCUAGGGUAGCGUAUGAUCUGUGAAGGGGCAAGUUUCAUCCGCACAUAUCUCACCCUGGUUCUUAUCCUGUAUCUUGAGAAUAUCCUCUUGAAUGUAUCUUUCUCAUUUGUGAGGUGUUGUUGAUAUCGGGUCUUGCAUCGGGGUGUGAGGUGCAGGUAUGAAGGGACCAAGUGUAAUCACUGCUCAAUGUGAAGAUUCGGAUUGUAUAAGAAUGAUAAAUCUUGACUAUGCAUUUGCAUAUUUGU